GGGUAUGUGAUUGGAUCAAGUGUGUUUGAAGGAGGUGGAGAUCGUCCUGGCAGAUGAUUUAAUCAAACCUUCUAAGAGCUGGGAACGUCUUUGUGUGUUUUGAGCCUGCAGUUACACACUUCUCGUCGCAAGAGCGUGGAGCUCCACCAUGGUGCACAAGGUAGCAGUGAUCGGCGCCGGCCCGUCGGGUCUGAGCUCCGUCAAGACGUGUUUGGAUGACGGCAUGCUGCCCACCUGCUUCGAGAGCAGCGACGACCUCGGCGGACUUUGGAAGUUCAAAGAGGUGUCGGAGCCCAACCGUGCCAGCAUCUACCGCUCCCUGACCAUCAACAUCUCCAAGGAGAUGAUGUGCUACAGCGACUUCCCCAUCCCGGCCGACUACCCUAAUUACAUGCACCACUCCAAAAUACUCAAUUACUUCCGUAUGUACGCCGAGCACUUCAAGCUGCUGCCGCACAUACACUUCCGGACCUCAGUGAAGAGCGUCAGACAGAAGGCCGAUUAUUCCCGCACGGGUCAAUGGGAAGUGCUGACGGAGCGAAGGGACGGAAAGGAGGAGACGCACGUCUUUGAUGCUGUUAUCUGCUGCUCAGGACAUUACACUUACCCCAACCUGCCCCUACAGGACUUCCCAGGAAUCGAGAGCUUCACGGGACAAUACCUGCACAGCUGGGACUACAAGGGUCCCGAGGACAUGCACGCCAAGCGAGUGGUGGUGGUCGGCAUCGGGAACUCAGGCAGCGACAUCGCGGUGGAGAGCAGCAAGUUUGCAGAGCAAGUGUACAUGAGCACACGGCGUGGCGCCUGGGUCAUCAGGCAGGUGUCGGACGACGGCAUGCCAGUGGACAUGAAGUACAACACGCGCUUUGUCCACAUUUUGUUCCAGCUCUUCCCCAUGAACUUCUUCAACUGGUUUGGCGAGAAGAAACUCAACGCCAUGUACGACCACACCAUGUACGCCCUCAAGCCCAGCCACAGGCUCUUCAGUCAGAUCCCAGUGAUCAACGACGACCUGCCUUUUAAGAUUCUGUCCGGCUCCGUCAUCAUCAAGCCCAACAUCAAGGAGAUCCGUGGCUCCUCUGUGAUCUUUGAGGAUGGUAGCGUCGUCGAGAAGGUGGACACCAUCGUGUUCGCCACGGGGUAUAAUUACGACUUCCCGUACUUGCCCAGCGGCGCUCUGUACAAGUCGGGGCACCGCGUCGGUCUCUACAAGCACGUCUUUCCACCCAACCUGGAGCACCCCACCCUGGCCGUGGUGGGUUUUAUCCACGCCCUCGGAGCCAUCAUGCCACAGGCUGAAAUGCAAGGCCGCUGGGUCUCGCAAGUCUUCAAAGGAAACCUGAAGUUACCUUCAAACCAGGCCAUGGUCAAAGCUGUAGAGCAGGACACCAAGGACAUCAACAAAAGUUACAUCGUGUCCAAGCUGACGCCGCUCCAGGUGGACUUUGUGUCCUACAUGGACGACCUGGCCGGAGAGAUCGGAGCCCGACCCAGCCUGCUGUGGCUCCUCUUCACCGACUACCCGCUCUUCAAAAAGGUCCUGUGGGGGCCCGUCACCGCCUAUCAAUACCGCCUGACUGGGCCCGGCAAGUGGGAGGGCGCCCGGCGAGCCAUCUUCACACAGUUUGACCGCUUGUUCGAACCCCUGAAGACCAGGAAGGUGAAGGAACAGGAACAAAACGGCUCCGUCUCCGGUCGCCUGUUCAAGUUGAGCCUGGCCCUCAUUGCCGGAGGAGCCGCGGGCUUCUACGUUCAAGUUCGAGACCCAUCUGUCGUUCCCAACUUGAUGGCCAAACUGAAUCUCUAAAAAGUCUGAAUGAACGUCAAACAUCCUGACUUUUUAAGCCACUAAUUUACUUGCUUUACAUGCUGUCAAUCAUUUCAACAGUGCAAAGUUAACCAUUAUCAUUUAUGGACUUAGUUGGCAGAAACCACAGGUGCUAACCCAUUUUCGCUGCUGUAGGACCGCUCAUAGAUCUUUGACUUAAAGGCCUACUGAAACCCACUACUACCGGCCACGCAGUCUGAUAGUUUAUAUAUCAAUGACUAAAUAUUAACAUUGCAACACAUGCCAAUACGGCCUUUUUAGUUUACUAAAUUGCAAUUUUAAAUUUCCUGCGUUGUUUCCUGUUGAAAACGUCGCAAAAUGAUGACACGUGUUUGUGACGUUAUUAGGACAUUUUAGCCCAGCAGCACACACCUAAAAGUCGUCUCUUUUCAUCGCAUAAUUACACAGUAUUUUGGACAUCUGUGUUGCUGAAUCUUUUGCAAUUUGUUCAAUUAAUAAUGGAGAAGUCAAAGUAGAAAGAUGGAGGUGGGAAGCUUUUAGCUUUUAGCCACACAAACACACUGUGUUUCCUUGUUUAAAAUUCCCGGAGGUGAAGCUUUUUUAUGGAUCAGAGCGGUCAAGCAAACAUGUCGACCGGCAGUUUUCGGUUAGAAAAUUGUGGAAAUAAGUCGCCUCUUACCGGAGAUCAACAGAGCUUCUGUCGUGCUUCAGCUGAUCGUGACUUCCCUCAGAGACUCUGGCGUCAACACACCCAUGGACACACCCCUCCGACUAUCAGGUACUAUUUAAUCUCACUAAAACACUAGCAACAUAAUAUGAUAUAUAUUUUUUUCUUCUAGUCCAUCACUCUAAAUAUCCUCAUCCACGAAUCUUUCAUCCUCGCUCAAAUUAAUGGGGAAAUUGUCGCUUUCUCAGUCCGAAUCGCUCUUGCUGCCGGUGGCCAUGAUUAUAAACAAUGUGAGGAUGUGAGGAGCCCUACAACCCGUGACGUCACGCGCACAUCGUCUGCUACUUCCGGUACAGGCAAGGCUUUUUUAUUAGCGACCAAAAGUUGCGAACUUUAUCGUCGAUGUUCUCUACUAAAUCCUUUCAGCAAAAAUAUGGCAAUAUCGCAAAAUGAUCAUGUAUGACACAUGGAAUGGACCUGCUAUCCUCGUUUAAAUAAGAAAAUCUCAUUUCAGUAGGCCUUUAAAAACCUUAGACUUGUUUGGAGAACCUGGUUUGAAACAGCAGAAGCACACUUGAUGGCUAAUGAACACUAAUGACAUACCUAAUGUAAGAUAGGAAGCAUAAUGGCUCAAAACUAGCGUUAUGAUUACAAUUUUUUUAUCAAUAUUAAAAUCUUAAAUAUUAAUCAUGAUUAUUCAUUACAUUAGGUAAAAUAUACCUACCGUAUUUCCUUGAAUUGCCGCCGGGGCGCUAAUUAAUUUAAAACCUCUUCUCACUCCUGCGCUUACCGAAGGCAUGCAGUAGAAAUAUGAGUGUGAUGUAAGGAUACCAUCAUGAAAAACACAUUUAAUAAAAAAACGUUGUUAUGGUCUUACCUUUACUUAUAAAUGAAGUCCAUGCCAGCUCCUUCUGAUCAAAAGCAUCGAUAACUUGUUUAUAGAGGUCUUCCUUAUCUUUCUUCAGUUUUAAAAGUCUCUCUGUCUCGAUGGAGAUCUUCCUUUAUCACCUCCUGCUUUGAUUGAAAUUCCAGUUUAGAAAACGGUUUUAUUUUAAUAAACACACGCUGGUCACUCUUGCUGGUCCAGUUCAUAUCCGUCAUAUCCGUCCCAGCACAUAUCACGUCACUCAUUUCACUUCUUCUGCAGCCGAGUAGUCGAAAGAAGGAUCACCAGCGCCCUCUACCACCAGGAGGCGGGAGUCAAUUAAUGACUCAUAUUUGACACACGCAGCUACGGUAUUGUGACGGUAUACCGUCGUCUUGCGGGUUCCCAGGACCACCAAGGAAGGACAUGGCUUGAGCAGUUUGACUUUGUUUAUUUUUUAAUAAAACCUCAGUCCAUGUCACUCUUCCGCUCCUCCUCUCCGCUCGCUUGCCGUCUCCUCACCGCCAUCUCCAACGUGCUCUGCCUGUCUGUCGGACCGUCGGAUGCCACCUCUCCACAGGUACCGGUAUAUGAAUAAAACAUAGCUGCUUACUCUUCUUUUUAGCAUACUGGUAUUCAAUAGCUUGGACCUUAAAUCCUACUGAACAGCUCUUAAUCUUCUUCCCUUUAUGCAAUUUCAAAUUACUGCUAUUGAAAUCAGCCUCCUCCAUUUUGAAAAUGAUGACAGGGGAAGUGUCACUUGUGACGUCACGAGUUUGACCAGGCGGUAAUACUAAGCAUGUGCUAAUUAUUUUGCGAGCGAGUUUGACCCGGCAGUAAUUCAAGGCAGGUGCAUACUAUAUGCGGCGGCAAUUGAAGGAAAUACGGUAUAUAUGUUCUCUACUUGCAUGGUGAGAUCCCGAAGGUGGGGGCAGCGUAUGAACAUGACGUCAUCAUCAAAUUUGUUAUGAAAUAGUCUAAUAAAAAGACUGAAUAAAUUCUAUUCAUGUAUUUGAAGACAGA